CUUCAUGGUGGUAUAUUGUGGUGGUUAGAAGAAUGGCAGGUGUCGCGUGGGAGCGCGACUCGCGUUUUAAGUGAUGUGGGUUGGCCGGAGACUUCUGACCCUCACUGUACGAUGGCGGGGUAUCAAGCCCGGAUUCAGCAGCUGCCGCCCGCAGACGGUUGGCCUUCAGUCUCACUCCAACGCUCAAGAAUCGAUGCGUUACUGAAAAAAAUGUAGGAGAGGCACGAAGGUACACUGGUUGAUUACUGAAGAUGUUGGUAUAAUUAGGUGGCCAAAGAAAAGGCAUGGUUUCGAGCUGGACAGAGCAUGGUCUUGAAGCCGGGUAUAGUUCCCGGCCCCGCCUAGUUUACAAUCCGUCCCGUCUGAACCGCGCAUGACUCCAACUGGAUAUUCGCAUCGUCGAAUACCUCAGGUAGCCUCUGUCGGAUUGACCUCCUUCCAGCCAAUCGUCACCGUAUCUAGUCAACCUUCCUAUGGCGAACAAGAUGGCCUCCUGCAUUUUCUGCAAGAUCAUCAAGGGCGAAAUCCCCUGCUUCAGGCUCGCCGAAACUGAAAAGACGCUCGCCUUCCUCGACAUCAACCCGCUCAGCCAGGGCCAUGCCCUCGUGAUCCCCAAAGUCCACGGCGAGAAGCUGACCGACAUCCCCGACGACCACCUGACCGACAUUCUGCCCAUCGCCAAGAAACUCGCCCUGGCCACGGGCGCACACGAGUACAACAUUCUGCAGAACAACGGCCGUGGGGCGCACCAGGAAGUUGGGCAUGUACAUUUUCACAUGAUCCCCAAGCCCAACCCCCAGGAAGGUCUCGGCAUCAGCUGGCCGCAGCAGAAGACCGACAUGGACAAGCUCAAGGCGCUGGCUGAGGAGAUCAAGUCCAAGAUGUAGAUGUCGAGCGGGAGUAGGUUGGUUGGUUUGUAUUGAGGUGAGGUGUAUCCUAGACUAGGUAUGCUCAAGUGCUGAACAGGGGCCGCUACACCCUCUGGCUAAAGGUAGUCGGUCAACCGCCAGUGCAUCAAUGGUGGCCUUGAUACUGCCUGACUCCGUUGAUUUGCAGCGUAAACAUAACAAUUCCUCUUUAAACCCAGCGUCGAGCCGUGCUAUC